AAUAAAAAUAAAAAUAUUCCGUUAGUGCUGCGUACACGGAAUAAGUGUCAAAUAAAUGUGGAAAAACAAAAAUCCUGCAGCGGCGAAACUAAAUACCACUCGUAAAAUGGCAUUGUUACAAUUGCCGCCAAAUAAUGAGCAGGCAAUCGUGCUGAAUACGCCAAAUCGCAAUGAGAUACUCAAGGAGGGGGUACCAGCGCACUCAAAAUACACAAUUUUGGGCAGAGGCGCCUUUGGCACCGUCUUUAAGGCGAUUUAUCGAGGUCAACCAGUGGCUGUGAAGAUCGUGCGAAAUGUAAGUAAGGCAAAUGCUCAAUCUAUGCGCAAUGAGAUGCAAAUUUUGGGUUGGAAGCAUCGAAAUAUAAUAAAAAUUUUCAAGGUUGAAAUCACGCCAAAUUUUGGUAUUGUCAUAAUGGAACAGUUCAUGGGCAAGAGCUUGCAGGAGAUAAUAGAGGCUACACAGUUGCCGCUGGAGCAUAGAAUUUUCAUCACACUGGAUAUCCUAUCUGCACUUUCUUAUUGCCACAAGCGGCGUCUGCUACAUCUUGAUGUAAAACCACAAAAUGUGCUGGUAUCUUUUGUUGGCAUCCAACCGCAACUGCGCGACGAAACCCUAUCAACUCUAUUCGCCCGUCGGCAAUAUGUUUGCAAACUAUGCGAUUUUGGUGCGUCGUUGAAGAUCGACUCUCCAAAGCUAGCACCAAGAGGCAAUGCGCGUGGCACUAUGCGUUACAUGUCGCCCGAAGCAUUACGCGAGGAGUCGCUUACACCCGCCGCAGACACCUACUCGUUAGGCAUUACAAUGUGGCAAAUGCGAGAACGUUGUCUGCCCUAUCGUUGGAUCGCUUGCAAUGAAGUGGUCGCCUAUCAAGUGGUCAAGAACAAAUUACGUCCUGAUAUCGCAAACAUCGCCAAUGGUUGCAAGAGUGCUUUGCUCACAACUAUGCCACUGCAUCACAAAUGCCAUUGCGCCAAUUCGCCAGCCGAGGAGAUCACCUAUCAUUCGUUGGUGCAUCUGACAAAUGUACUAAAUCGCACCAAACAACCAGAAGAACAGUUACGCUUCUCUGAUUGCGGCGUGGAUGAAGUGCAUCAGGUGGUUGAGCGUCGUCCAUUCGCCUCAUUGAAUACGAAAAUAAAUGUCAUGCGCAAUUUGAAUGUCGAAUUGAAUUCCAUGAAAUCACCGGUUGCUCAACGUUCGCCAUUGAAACAAACAAAAGAGUUGGUAAAACAGCAGCUGAAGCAUCAGCAGAAGCAGUGCACGCCGGAUGAUGUUGUUGAUCCCUUGGCAAUGUUCGGGGAUAUGUUGAGUCUGCACGAUCACAACAAGGAGCAGAGCUACGAAACGCUUUGUAGGGCUUGCUGGUGUGAUGAGCCAGUGCUGCGAGUGAAAGCGUCGGUUUUGCGCAACAAAUUAGUUGAGUUGUUGUAAUAUAUGGUAUUACUUGUUUGUGUAGGAAUUUUUAUAUUAUAUUUUAGUGUGUAUGAGAUUUUUAUAAGCACUACGUUUUGUUCGACAAAUUUUAACUGUGUAUUAUAGUUACAUUAUUUUAAAUAAUCAAUUUUAUUAAUUAAU